UUAAGUAGAGAAGAAUUUAAAUGUUAACCAAAAAAGCAAGUAAAUAAAAAAAACAACAGUUUGGUUGGUGUCGUCAUGUUCAACUUCGGCCUAGUAUCUACUUUUUGCUUCACAAACAAAUCAACCGCAUAUCACUGUACUACACGUAUACAAAAAAAGAUGGUAACAACUUAACAAAAAGACUUAAGUGGCACCCUGAUUUCCUAAUCAACAACAAUAAAACUGCACACAAUAUGUGCCUCGAAUACAAGCAAGCAUCAUCAGCACUACUCAGUCGUACAUAUGAAAUUAUAAGUCCAAAUUGCACACAACCGGCAAUAGACGAUUUUCCCAAAGACUUUUUCACAGAGCAACAACGACAGUCAGGCGCAGUAGUACUUCAUGCAAUAUGCAGUUUAUAUUUAUUUUUAGCACUUGCAGUAGUUUGUGAUAAAUACUUUGUUCCGGCUGUGGAGAAAAUAUGCACAGCUCUGAACAUGUCGAACGAUGUAGCAGGCGCAACUUUUAUGGCUGCAGCGACAAGUGCGCCCGAACUGUUCGUAAAUGUUAUAGGGACCUUUAUCACCGAGGGCGAUAUUGGUAUCGGUACGAUAGUUGGUUCGGCUGUUUUCAAUAUUCUAGCCGUGGCUGCCUGCUGUGGAAUCGGAGCGGGAAUGGUUGUUCCAUUAGAUUGGUGGCCGCUGACCAGAGAUUGUUUAGCAUACGGAAUUACGGUGGCGAUAUUAAUUUGCAUAAUUCACGAUGAACGUGUGGAAUGGUAUGAGGCAUUGAUAUUAGUGCUACUUUAUAUCGUCUAUAUCGCCGUUAUGUAUUAUGACAAGUCGAUUCAGAAGUGUGCGAGAGGGGGUGUCAGACAUGCACGCAACCGUCGAUCACAAAGAAGUAGUCUCGAAUCGAAAAGUAGCACACCAGAUGAUGAAGAAAAAAUCCCUUCACUAACCAUUGAGCAUUUCCAACAAAACGGAAACAUUAAAAACAUCGCUCACAUUGAUGCCAGCACCAAUGAACUAACCGUAGCCGAUGUGAAUAAGAAAGUUGUUAAUAAAUUAGGUGAAGAAGAUGUGGUUGAAGCCGAACUAUCGAAGACGACCGACAACAAGGCUGAAGUGAUCAGUGUGCCAGAAGCUCCACCGAAAGAAAUUGCCGAAGUGGAUAUCAUACCGAAAGGAUACUCGUUGAUACGUUUUCCGAAGGAGAAGAGUUGCUUUCGUAAAAUUAUGUGGUUCGUCAUCUGGCCGAUACAUUUUCUGUUCAUGUUGACCAUACCGGAUUGUGAACGGCCUAGAUUGAAAAAUUGGUUUCCGAUUACCUUUCUGAUGUGCAUCGUCUGGAUUGGUUCGUUAUCGUAUUUGGUGGCGUGGAUGAUCACGAUUUUGGGUGACACUCUCAAAAUACCAGACUCAGUGAUGGGAAUAACAUUUUUAGCAGCCGGAACCAGUGUACCAGAGGCUGUUUCCAGUGUUAUUGUGGCAAAACAAGGUCAUGGUUCAAUGGGCAUCAGCAAUUCAAUUGGAUCGAACACUUUCGACAUAUUAUUGUGUCUCGGCUUGCCGUGGCUCAUCAAAGCAUCAUUUCUACCCGUCAAACCUGGCCAUCACUAUGUUGGCAUCAAUUCGGCUGGAUUGGAAUAUUCGGCCAUUUCGUUGUUAUCGACAUUGCUAAUGCUGUAUGUCGCAUUUUCACUCAACAAAUUCAAAUUGGAUCGCAAAGUUGGGCACACAUGCUUACUGAUGUAUGCCGUGUUCUUAAUACUAGCCAGCUUAAUUGAAUUGAAUGUGUUUUUCCGUGUGAAUUUGCCCACAUGUGGUCGAUGAUAAGUUGAUUUUGAUUUUGUCUUUUUUUUUUUACUAAAAAAAAUUAUUUAUUUUUAUUUGAGUAAUUGUAGAAGAUGUAAGUAGCAGCAAAAAAAAGACCAAAAAUGAAUAAUACCAAAUGAACCAGACCUCUUCUCCCCGGAGAGGAAAUAGUAUGUCAAAUUAAGUUUAAAAUAAAAAUUGUAGCGUCCCAACACUACUCCAUCAGAAUUUCGGAACACCUAGGAAUCGAAUCUACUAUCCGGCUCUAUUUCCGAACAUUCGACUCAACUUACAUCAACUUUCUCGCAAUUUUUAUUCCAUCCACCUGAAUGUACGUUAACCUUUCAGAAACGGCAAGCUCAUCGUCUUAUACACAGCGAUUAAAUCUAUCACUUCUUUUGAUUAAAAAGUAUCGUCUCGUGUUUAACACAAAAUCCUUAACUUCAUUUAUAAAAACAAUCAUUUUGCUAUGAAAGUAGACACUUGCUAAAGCUCAUUGCUUAUUUUUGUCGUCGCUGUCGACAGCAGAUGACAAAAUGUUAAUUUACCCGUAUCACAAAAAGACGUCAUGUCCUUUUACUUCUUUUAUCUCACAACCAACCAAAUUAUUUUAAAAUCUGCUGAUUCGUCUCUUUUUCUAACCCACAAUUAUUAUUCACUUGGAAACAUGUAUUGACCUUGGAAUUAGAUGUAGAUAAAUGUGUUCAGAGUCUACUACUUCAACGACUAAGAAACACUAUGUGAAUGUGAGGGAAACGGAUUUUUUUUAGAACAUGUGGUAGGCUUGAUCUGAUCGACGUCGCCUCGUUAGGACAAGCUUACGACUAGUCCUAAACAAAUCCACUUUUCAUCACUUAUUUCCUAUAUUGAAGAUGUGGUUUUCUUCACAGACCAUGCGCGUAUAAAACGUUUCGUAUUACUUCAUUCGGCAGCUUUCUUUUUCCAGCCAUGACAAUACAGAUAUUUCUCUAUCUAAGUACCACUACUGAAGCUAUGUAAAUACGUGUAAUUUGUAAUAGUAAGUUAAUGUUACUAACAUUGAUAGACAAAUAAAGAAAAAUAUUUUAAAAUUUUUGAAAGUAAAA